AUUCUCUGGUAAACUUCAGAAUCUUUCGAAGUCCCGGAAGUACGGGUUGAAAACAAUCCGUUAGCAGUUAGCCAGCUGUCUUGUUAAAUAACUAGAAGAAAAAGGCUUUUCUCAACAUUAUUGCAUGAUAAUUUGAAGAAAUACACAUAUUCACCUGAUAUAAAAUGGGAACCAGAGAUGACGAGUAUGAUUAUUUAUUCAAAGUGGUGUUGAUCGGGGACUCGGGUGUGGGUAAGAGUAACCUGCUGUCCCGCUUCACUCGGAACGAGUUCAACCUGGAGAGUAAAAGCACCAUCGGAGUGGAGUUCGCCACGCGUAGCAUCCAGGUGGACGGGAAGACGGUAAAGGCUCAGAUCUGGGACACGGCCGGUCAGGAGCGCUACCGAGCCAUCACUUCUGCGUACUACCGGGGGGCGGUGGGGGCUCUGCUGGUCUAUGACAUGGCCAAGCACCUGACCUAUGAGAACGUGGAGCGCUGGCUGAAGGAGCUGAGGGACCAUGCUGACAGUAACAUCGUCAUCAUGCUGGUGGGAAACAAGAGCGACCUGAGGCACCUGCGGGCCGUGCCCACCGAUGAGGCUCGUGCCUUCGCUGAAAAGAAUGGUUUGUCUUUCCUUGAGACGUCAGCCUUAGAUUCAACCAAUGUUGAGACGGCCUUCCAGAGCAUUCUGACAGAAAUCUAUCAUAUUGUCUCCCAGAAGCAGAUGUCUGAGCGCCAGGAGUGCGACAUGUCUCCUAGCAACAAUGUGGUGAACAUCCAGGUGCAGCCCACAGAAAACAAACCAAAGAUGCAGUGUUGCCAGAACAUCUAACCCCAACCCAGAACAUCUAACCCUAACCCACAGUGUUGCCUUCACCCCCACCACCUGUAUUCUACCCAAACUUGCUCUACUUACAAUCUUCAAUUGUAGCCACCCUCCACCAUCAGCCAUUUUUUAAGGUUCCCGGUUUUAAAAACUCUCAAAUCAUAUAUAUACUCAUGUAUUUUACGAACAUCUAAGAAGCUCUUAAGUUCCAUCGCCCAGUGGAGCAGACUUUGUCGUGGUGAGACCAGCUCAGACUGUGUCCCAGUGAGACCAGCUCAGACUGUGUCCUGGAGAGACCAGCUCAGACUGUGUCCCAGAGAGAUCAGCUCAGACUGUGUCCCAGUGAGACCAGCUCAGACUGUGUCCCAGUGAGACCAGUUCAAUGCAGAAAAACAUGGUGACCCUGGCAGGCUCAGACCAGCUAAAGGUUCUUUAGCAUGCAGAGAUGAGGAGCAGAAGGGUUUUACACAUUGUCAAUUUGCUUGUAGUAUGCAUUUGCUUUUGCAUGUUUGAAACGGCUCUUGGCUGUGUAGCAUGUUUUAAACAAGGGAAUUCCUCUGACUGAUGGAAACAUGCACAUUGCCAAGACCACCUAUUAGACCACAUCUAAUAAGCUGUUCGUAUAAAAACAUUUCAAGGAAACUUUUAAGCGUGAAGCAUUUUGUCCGAUACAUUUGUCAUAUACAUGAGAACACUACUACUUUGAUGUAGACACGUUUUCUCAAUAUUAUGGCGUUUUGUUCUCAUGGAUAUUCAGUAAAGGAAAUUGUGUAAAAGCAUUUCCAGUUCCAAUUUGGGAACAUGUAACCAUGUAACAUUGGGAGCAUACAACCAUAGUAACGCUGGGAACAUGUAAUCAGGCUAAUGUUGGGAAUAUGUAACGGUUGACUGACGUGUUUUUGUGUGUAUCGUCAUUCAUUCUAAAUGGAAAUGAACAGAUGACUAGAAAGGAAUUCAUAUUACUGUUUUAAAUGUGUUUCACAGGGCUAGAUCAUUUACAAAUGUAAAGUUUAUAAAUGUAACCACUUGCAACUGAACAUGAGAAUCUUUACUGACUUCAAUGAAGGACCCUUGUCUUGAAGAAGGCCAAGUUUCAAUGUUGAGGAAAAGAUCAAACAUGCUGUUAGGAAGGUUAACAGUACAAUGCAAUUAUUCUCAUCCAAACCAAAAUUAAAUAUUAAUAUCAUUUCAAAACUCAAGACGGUUACCAAAAACCCCACAUUGUUUGUGUGUGGCACUGUCCCCUACUAGCUUUAACCCACAUUGUUUGUGUGUGGCACUGUCCCCUACUAGCUGUUCCAUAGAGCCACCCACAGCUGCUUUCCCUCCCUGAUGAGGAGGACAGGUCCUGUCACCAUGCCAACCAGCUCACCCUCUCGUGUCCCGUCACCAUGCCAACCAGAUCACCCUCUCAUGUCCCUUCACCAUGCCAACCAGAUCACCCUCUCAUGUCCCUUCACCAUGACAACCAGCUCACUUUUUCGUGUCCUGUCACCAUGCCAACCAGCUCACCCUCUCGUGUCCUGUCACCAUGCCAACCAGCUCACCCUCAUGGUGUUGUACUCCAGCCCCUCAUUAUGCCUUACAAAGCUAGCUAAACUAAUUGCUGUUCAUGCCAUUAAUGUUUGUUCCAUGUACUUAUAAUUAUAUAUUUUCAUUUGUCUCUACUAAAAUGACUGUUUCCUUGAAGGGUAGUAGUUCUGUUCACGCUGGGGCAUUGCUAGCUGUAAUGUACCUUAUAAUCCACAUGCUUGGCUAGGAAGCUCCAUUAAUAUUAUUACUACAUUUUGUUGUAUCAUCACUCUGUGCAGUGAUUAUAUUAUUCUCUAUAAAAAGGCGACACAGUGGUAUGACCAGUCAUCAAACUAAGGUGGACCUUAAACACAAACUUCACGAUUGUAGCUUGAAGCUAAAAGCAUUAGUAGAGAGUAGUAUACUGUGAUGGCAGCUCUCCCCAAUGGCAUUGCUAACCUGUCCUCAUACAUCCAGCUAGCUGUCUAAACUGGAAUGAACGUCUUUUUGUGGAGUAUGUUUUCAUAUACCUCAAUUGUUUGCUUUACCUUUUGUUUGAUCAAUAAUGCAUUGCUGUUAAUUAAUGUGUGUGUAAGUAAAAAAGCUACAUAUUUUUCAAUAUUUGGGGGGGUUUAUUUCUGUUGGAGUGUGUAAAGGGUGGGGAAUUACAUUUUGUACAUAUAUAUAAAUUGAACCAUUGUGUUCAUAUCUUUUAAGUUAUCAGUUAUCUUAAUAAAAGUGCACCAUUCAUGAAUGUCCAGUCCAGAAUCACAUCCUAAGACACACUGUCUGUAUGUGUAUUUGACCACAUAAAUUGUAAUAAAGAAAUCAGAUGCUGAAAACAUUU